GAUGGAAAAAUUAGACAAAAUGGUCUCCCAGAAAGAAUAAACAUGCUGUGAAGAUGUUUUGCAAAACAGCUUACCAUGAAGAUACUGUGACUUCAGACCUUCUACCUUCUGCUGACAUAUUUAGCCUGCUCAGAAAUGUUUUUUGCAUUUUCUAGAAAAAAUGUGUCCCAGAAAUUGAGUUUAUUGUUGCUAGUUUUUGGUUUUAUCUGGGGCAUAAUGUUACUGCGCUACACCUUUCAGCAUCCAAGGCAACAGAGCAGUGCUGAAUUGCGUGAACAAAUACUUGACUUAAGUAAAAGAUAUGUUAGAGCCCUGGCAGAAGAAAACAAGAAUGUAAUAAAUGGUGAUAAUGGAGUUGCAAUGGCAGGAUAUGCUGAUCUGAAAAGAACAAUUGCAGUUCUUCUAGAUGACAUCUUGCAACGCUUGGUCAAACUGGAAAACAAGGUUGAUUACAUGGUUGUAAAUGGUUCAACAACAAAUACUACAAAUGGGAACUUGAUGCCAUCAACUACAAGCAAACGAGUAAAUGCUUGUAGAUAAUACUAAG